CGUCUUUCAGAUGGUCAGGAGGUUCUGGUUCUGCUCCCAGACCCGGUUCGGUCCAUCAUAAAGCUUUAGGCUGUUCUCACCAGGUGAACUGGACCGGCGGAACCGGGCUUACAACCAGCUGAUUACAGGUCCAUAAAGGUUCUGUUCAGAAGUCUGUCAUCUGGUUCUGGGCCGAUCUGUUCAGAACCAAACAGAUCAGAUAAACUGAGCCAGAACCUCCUGGAGGACAUCUGGAUCCAGACCCGGUCUGAUGAAACCAAAGCAGAACCUUUCUGAUUCCGGAUCAUUUCGGUUUCGGUUAUGGCAGCAUCAUGCUGCGGGCUGAACUGGUGGUUCUGACCCAAAACGUGGAGAUGAACUGGAACCGGGUCAUCAGACUGAUUAAACUGGUCCUGAGCAGAACCGUCCAGAACCAGCAGGAGACUGGGCCAGUCCGGUUAAGAGGUUCUGGUGGGUUCUGGGACCGGUUCCCGUCCAAAUAGAACCAGAACCAGAGAUGUGGUAGGAGCUGAUGACAGGUCUGUGGUACCGGGUCGGGUUCUGUUCUUGCUGAAGGUUCUGUGUGGUUCCAGAAUGCGAUCCAAGAUGGCUGCCCUGUUCCUCCUCCUGGUUCUGGUUCUGGUUCUGCUCCUCUUCCUCCAGCGGUUCUCCUCCUCCUCCUACCGGCCGCCGCCGCACCGACCCGCCUCACACAGAACCGGACCGGCCCGGCCCGGUUCCUCUGAAGGAGACGGACUCCAGUAUGGAGUCAUGUUUGAUGCUGGGAGCACUGGGACCAGAGUCCACGUGUUCCGGUUCCGGAUGGAGAACCAAGGGUUUCCCAGUCUGGACCGGGAGACGUUCCGGGCCAUAAAACCGGGCCUGUCCGCGUACGCCGACGACCCGCAGAAGUGCUCCGCUGGCAUCAUGGCGCUGUUGGACCUGGCCCGGUCCGUCGUCCCCCCGUCCCAGUGGACCAGAACCCCGGUGGUUCUGAAAGCCACGGCCGGCCUGAGGCUGCUGCCUGGAGACAAGGCCGAGCAGCUGCUGGACCAGGUGAGGGCGCUGUUCCGGGAGUCUCCCUUCCUGUCCGCAGAGGACGGCGUGUCCAUCAUGGACGGAACCGACGAAGGGAUCUCAGCCUGGAUCACCAUCAAUUUCCUGACAGGCGGGCUGCAGGGUCCGGACCGGCCCACCGUUGGGAUGUUGGACCUCGGCGGCGGCUCGACCCAGAUCACCUUCAGUCCCCGUCAUGAAAAAACCAUCCAGAUGUCACCAACCGAUGACAUCAGAUCCUUCCAGAUGUUCAACCGCACACACACCGUCUACACACACAGGUACACACACACAGGUACACACAGGCACACACCAUCUACACACACAGGUAC